UGGCAGUAGUAAGAAUACAAAUGAAUUGUUAGCUUUUUUACUGGGUACUUCUGGUGUGAACACAUUGUGUUAAGUGCUUUCCUAGCAUUUCCACGAUGCUCCAUGGUGGUGCUAAAAGUUGGAAACAGCAGUGCCUCCCAUGUUGUGACAUGCAGUGGUGACAACAGCAGGUGUGCAUGGAGCCCACACUGUGCACGAGGCUCCAUGUGUGUUGAUCCCAUUCCUGGGUCUGAGACUGGAGCUGAACCGGGCUCCUCGUGUCCCCAGCCCAUGUUACUGUGUAGAGGGCCAGCUUCACUGUCGCUGCGUCGCUUGGCUCAGAGGAGGAAAUGAGAAGAUCCCUCCAUUGCGCUUAGCCCUGGGGCUGCCACGCGGUGGCUGCUCAGACUGUAGUCACUUUAGUUGUUGGAGAAGCUCUGUUUUUCUUGCAUGCCCCUGCAGAGCCCUCUCCCACCCACCUACAGCUUAGGUCCCCAGCGCCCACCCCAGCACGCAUGGUUAUGUUCCCUGGCCCUUCUAGCCUGAACCAGAUGAAAAAAUAUAAAUGUAAUGCUCCAUGUUGCUUUUUCUUUUUGUGUACUACAGGAGAUUUUAAAGCCAGAGCCUUCAUACUGAGCGUCAUUUGCAGCCCUUUGUUUGGGAAGCAGGGUCUGCUAAGUCACUGGUUUAAACUUGUGAUUCUUUCUGCUUGAGCCUCUUGAGUGCUGGGAUUAUAGACAUAUGCUGUCACAUCUGCCUAUAGUGUUCCAUUUCUCUAGAAAAUGUUUACAGGUACAAUAAAAGAAUUGUAUAUCAUAUAGACACGAUUGUAAUUCUUGCACGAAUUGCAGAAUUUCCUAAAAUUAUUUGCCUGUGUCAGAAUUUUCAAAGUUCAGAAAGCCAUCUGAAUUAAUAAAAAUGUAAAUCAUGGAUACAGAAGCAGGAUAGUUUUAUAUUUUUAAAUAUAAAAAAUCUUACUAAAUUUCUAGGUGGUAGUAAAUAGAAUUUAAAUAGCUAAUUGGCUAUUCUAAAUAGAUAAGCACAUGUUUGAAAUUGUCCUUUUAAGGCCUGGGAGUAUGUUUUCUUAAUUUGCCUGUAACAUUUUCUUCUGUAUUUGUUAGUAAGUUUCUGUUUUGUAAAGAGUGCCAGUAUACAUCAGAAAUGCUAGAAUAGUGUAGCCCAUGUUGACAAGGCUUUUGCUGUAUUCAGUCACAGGAAUUUUACUAAACUGUGUGCUGUGAGGAAAUUAUUUCACAACACAACCCAGGAGAUUUGGCCAUUAUUCAAAAAUCCUCUUCCUCAUUUGCACGUCAGCAUUUUGCAUGUUCACAUGGAAUAUAAUCAGGAAUCUACUGAACACAGCAAAAUCCUGCAAGUGCCCUACGUGAACUCUUAGGUCCACUUAGCCUGUUCUUUGUGAGAUCACUGUGUGUGUACAGAAGUAGCGUGUCUGGAUCACCUCAUGACUUUUCUUUUUUGUGGCUCACUUUCUGGAAAUGACAUCUGUGUUCCUGCUGUUUCAGGUCACGCAUUCUGUGUAACUAAAAUGACACUAUACACUAUGGCCAAUCACGAUGCAGAAGUACAGCAGUGGGCGGCUGGAGGCCGCUGGCUUCAUGUCAGCAGUGUGCCUUGGCUGAAUUAGUCCCUGUGGUUGUGCACACAUUCAGCAGGUACUCAGUAAGAAACAAGUGUGAACCAGGCUGUGCACUGACGCCUUGAUAUGUCAGCUUUUCCAAGGCAGGGUCUGUAUUUUACUGUUCAAGAAAUAUAACGUAAGAAGGGUCAGGUCGGCAGAGUCACAUGGUGAGAAAGAAAAUAGUAACGUUGUAGAAGUCUGGAUCCUCAAGUCCUACUGUUUUUGUUCACUGUCCUAUUUAACUGUGUGCUACAAAGAUUUUUUACAUGACCCUGAAUAUGGGGAAAACUAGGUGUUUCUUUAAUUUUUGGAUUGAGUUUUUGAAUACUUGUUAUGGUUUGUGUCUAGGUGUCCACCACAAGCCUCAUGCCAUCAUGCACAUGGCUGAAUCUAGCAUUUGUGAUUGGUUUAUUGUCUAGCUGGGAUUGGCAAUGUGAAUGCUACAGCUGCCCAGGUACAGAGCUGGUGUACAAUAAAAGGGAGGAAGAAGGCAUGUCCCCCUUUUUACCCCGUUCACUCUUGUCAUUUGUGGCUGCCAUGAAUGGCUGCCCCUCUGCUAUACCACCCUGCUUGGAGCCAGUAGAGUAUGGACUGAAACCUUCAAAACUGUAAGAAAUAAACCUUUCCUUGCUUCACUUUGGGCAUCAGGUAUUUUGUCUCAGCCAUGAGAAGAAAGUAAGACAGCAUUUGGUAGCAGAGGAGUAGGGUCAUUGCUGUGACUAUACCUGACCAUGUGGUUCAAGGCCCUUUGGGAAUGGCUUGUGGGGAGAGUUCGGAAUGGUUUGGAGAUGUCACCUGAAUGUAUAGAGCUGGAACAGCUUAGGCUGUUCUGUAGGGGAGAUUCUGGUCAGAGCUCAGGAGACCAGAAGGCUGAUAAAAAGCCUGCCAGUAAAGACCAGGCUCAGGAAGUUUCUGCUGGGAAGAAGGACUGCAUUGGUUGUUGAACUCCACAUAAUGUGUGUUAUGGCUUGGCAGAAAAUCUUUCUGCAUUCUGCUUAUGUCCAGAGACUUUACCUGAGACUGAAAUUAAGGGCAAUGAAUUAAUCUGGCAAAAGAAAUUUCAUGGCAAUCUAAUGUUGAGGCAGUGGCAUGGCUAUUGUUGGAGGCUUUUAGCCAGAUUUAUGUUGUGAAUCAAGAGCCAAGAGCCCAGCAGGGUGAUUUAAAACAUUUUGAGUUUGGCAAAAAGAAAAUCUCCAGUAAAGCUGUGGACUGUAAAGAUAGCUGAGACCUCAAAUGCUGAGAAGGAACAGAGAAAUAAAAAAGAUGGUAUGGGGGUAUCCCAGGAAGCAGCAGAUCUCUCCCCUUUGCAGCUUCAAAACUUAAAAAGUGAAAGACUUUGCUCAGAGGAGAAAGCCACAGAAUGUCAUGUUCCAGAGUGGUAAUGAAGGCCACAGGAGGUUCCAAAAUGAUGGCACCUGCAGAUUGCAGAAUGAUGCGGCAUAGAGAAGCUGUUCCUCCCAAUCAGUUGAGAGAGCUCAGCGAUCCAGGCACUCAACCCCUACAGCCAAGAGAGAGGAAGGCCUGGCUAGUGCUUCAGUUGGCCGUGGACCUUGGUAGCAUCCACGAGGCACUGGUUUUAGGAAGUGACCAAGUUCACUCCUGGACACUAGUUCCAAGCCAGGCCCUAGAUACUGCCUGGCGCAUAGCCAAGGGCUCUGUGAUGAUGGCCGUGUCGCUGCUGGUGGCCACGCUCUGCUACUUCAGGAGGCUGCACUUCUAUUUAGGACACCGGCUGAAAUGGUGGAUCGGAUAUCUGCAGAGAAAAUUCAAAAGGAACCUCAGUGUGGAGGCAGAAGUUGAUUUGCUCAGUUAUUGUGCAAGAGAAUGGAAAGGAGAAACACCCCAUGCCAAACUGAUGAGGAAGGCUUAUGAGGAGCUGUUCUGGCGGCACCAUAUUAAAUGUGUCCGGCAAGUAAAGAGAGAUCAUUACGAUGCUCUGAGAUCGGUGUUGUUUCAGAUAUUCAGCCAGGGCCUUUCUUUUCCGUCCUGGAUGAAGGAAAAGGACAUUGUUAAGCUUCCUGAAAAACUGCUGUUUUCACAAGGUUGUAACUGGAUCCAGCAAUACAGUUUUGGUCCUGAGAAGUAUACGGGUUCCAACGUGUUUGGGAAGUUACGUAAAUGUGUGGAACUAUUGAAAACUCAGUGGACCGAAUUUAGCAGCAUUAAGGAUUAUCACAAGAGAGGAAGCAUGUGCAACAUCCUUUUCUCCGAUGCCAUUCUGGAAUACAAGCUUUAUGAAGCUUUGAAGUUCAUCAUGCUCUAUCAGGUCACUGAAGUCUAUGAACAAAUGAAAACCAACAAGAUCAUUCCAAGUCUCUUCAGACUGCUGUUCUCCAGAGAGACGUCGGCAGAUCCUCUGAGCUUCAUGAUGAAUCACCUGAACUCUGUAGGCGACACGUGUGGGUUAGAGCAGAUCGAUAUGUUUAUCCUGGGGUACUCCCUGGAGGUGAAGAUAAAGGUUCUCCGACUGUUCAGGUUCAACUCCAGAGACUUCGCAGUGUGCUACCCCGAGGAGCCCCUGCGGGAGUGGCCCGAGAUCUCCCUGCUGACCGAGGACGACCGGCACUACCACAUCCCUGUCUUUUAAGUCUGCCGUAGACCAGCACAAGCUCUUGCCAGUGAAAGGGCCACGCUGGCAGGCACAGCAUUUUUCAGAAGCCCAGGCCAGUGUGUCCGCCCCAGAAGGAAUGUGCGCCUUCCUCCAGAGUUCGGGCGCUGGGUGGACCACGUGGGGCUCAUUUUCCUUCGUCGCCCCGCGGUUUCCUCAGAAGCAACUGUGCUGGUGUGCCGGUGUCACCGGGAUUGGCGGCUUGACCUUGUACAGACAGGGUCUGGUCACGUGACAGCAGCGGGCCUUCGGCUACACAGUUCAUUGUGGACAGCGGGAGGCCACGUGAGGCACCUCAGCCCGGGAGGAAGCAUCUGCCCCUGACCUGUGCGUCCUUACCAGGAGUCUCACCGUGGGCGCCUCCCUCUUCAGAAGCAGGGCUGCGUUUCAGAAGCAUUCAUUGCUAGAGCCGCCCGAUUAACGUUAAAAUUACGUGUGUAUAUGCGUACAUGUUUAUAUAUACCUACAAACACAAGUAACCACUACUUUGUAAUAUUGUACAGUUUGUUACCUCUCUUACCUUUUUUGUCACUGUUGUAUUGGGCCAUUUUAAUGAGUUUUAUUUAGGUAAAAAAGAUAAAUCCUGUGGAUUAAGAUGACUGAAUGACAGUUAUUGAACCCUCACAAAACUAUUAAACUGUGGUGUAUUUCGUGUAUAUUAACAUGUGUAUUUAAUGAGAAGAUCUCUUUGUGGCAGGCCAAAUAAUGAGCCCAGACACAAAGGUAGCGUGUGCUAAUCCCAGAACCCGUGAAUACACUGGGUUACAUGGUGAAGGAGCCUUCAACUUGCCGCUGAAACUAAUGUACCAAUCCGCAGGCCUUGAAGAGAGUGUUCCGGAAUGAACAGGUCCGUCCUGGUGGAGGAGGGACUCGGAGGGCGCCAGCGUUGGAGGUGCUUUGCCCCUCUGUUUAGAGUUUCAAUAAAUACAAACUUAAAACUUUUGCUAAUGACGUACUGCUUCAAAGUCACAAAUCCCUCUCUUAACAAGUGAUUUACUAACAGGAUGUUAGGUGCUAACAUUGCCCCACAUGUUCCUACAUCUUCAGUAAAUUCUUUUAACAGCGUUGAAUGCCGCGGUAUAUGAAAGCAGCAUUCACUUUCUUUGGCAAUGGAUAUGUACUGCACAGGCAGGAUGUCCAGGGGUGCCCUCUCUGUUUUGGUUUCUGGUUGGAAAGCAGUGAACUCAGAUGGAGGGGCUUUGUGUUACCCUGACAAUCCUGCAAGACAAGAAUUCUGGCUGGAUCUGCACAGCCCCUGCCUUCUGGGACAGCCCAUGGUUUGCAUGACUUAUGCACUGGCACUGUCACGAGGUGAUCCCCUUGCUAUGUUCCUGUGACCAAGAAAACAUGAACUUCACUUUCUUGUUUAUAAGUAGACAUCCUGACAGCUUGCUGCUGUCUGCUGUUUAUAGAACUGCUGCUCUGAACUGUCUGACACCAGUCGUGAACUGUGGACCCACCUGGCAUUCACCUAUUCACCUUGGAUCUCUUUACCCAGGGUAAGGAUUUCUCUAUCUGCCCAGCGCUGAAAAGAACAGUGUCUGCAGGACUGGCAGCCCAAAACUAUAAUUAUGAUAUCACUCACCCCACUAUGUGUAUCCUAAGUGUGCUUCGGAGGAGAAGGGAGCACGGGGCUAGAACAGACCAAAUCAUGAGAAAAAGCACAUUGCAACUUAGUGAAGAUGGAAAGCAGGAAAAAGCUUCAGUAGUCACUGUGUUUUGGAAAAGUACCCACAUAGAACAUUUUUAGGGACAGAGAUGAGGUUCUUUCAUCCUUGUGUCUCUGUUCUUACUUAGUUGUUUAAGGAAUGUCAUAAACUAGCCUGGAGGAGCUGCAUAGAAAUUAGCACCACUUUUAAAUGCCAACAAUAAAAUGGUGGGGAACUACUGUGUGAGGCUAACAUUUAAGUGACUUUCUACCUUUAUAUGUUUUAAAUGAUGAGAGAGCUUUAGCAAAAAUGAAAACAUCAUGCCUUGUCCUUGUCUGGUUUUAGAAUAAGUUUCUUAAAUUUUGGCCAGAUGUGUUCAUACUGGAGUAGAGGGGAAUAUGAAUAUUAGUAUAGGACUGACUUUUUACUGUGGCAGAUUGUUGAUAACAGUUGACCCUUUUAACCAUUUUAAAUUGUACGACUCAUGGCAUUAAGUAUAUUCACAUUGUUAGGUAACUGUCACCACCAUCCAGAACUUUAUCAACCUCAAGGUGACUUUUCCACAGAGCCAAGCUUGAGCCCCGCAUUGGUACCUGGUUUUUGUUUACUUUUCAUAUGUAUUUUUCUUUUUCUUAUUUGUUUUUUUGAGUCACAUCUUCUAAUCAGAAUAUUUCCUCCACGUUACAAAUGUCCUCCAUGAAGGCCAAUGUAAGGAAAGCUGAGGUAACCAGAUGGGUUAGGAAAAUCAUGUCUACUUUAUUGACUUUUAAGUAGCUUCUGAGUUCAACCUAACACCAUUUGGAAGGUCCCCAAGAAACUGGCGACCAUGAGAGUCUUUGUGGUCUUGAACCAAAGUCAUCUCGCCCUACAUGGAGUCAGGCGUGGGCCUUGCUGGGGUGUGGACAGCCUGCCCUGUGGGGCAGAGGGUCAGCCAGGUCGGGGUGUGUCGGGGUGUUAGUACUAUCAUUUCCCGAAGACUCUUGCAGAUGACUUUGGGGUAGAAACUUCAUUCUCGAUCAGAUGAUUUCCUCCUGGGUUAGUGAGAUCAAAGGAAAAGAAAAACAAUUUUAGUCUAUUCAAGCUGAUCAUAGGGAGUUAAAAAUAUCUGAACUUUUCUGAAUACUCAGAAAAUGUUGGUAAUUCCACUAUUUUCUUUCAAAGAAAGUGUUUUUUAAGUGAUAACCCAAUACGUAAAAAUCUGUGCAUAUCUGAAUAAAGGGACAAUUAAUUCCAAAAUUAGAAAUUUUACCUUAAACAUUCCAAAGAUGUGCCUAAAAAAUAUGCAAAGUAAAAAGAAAAACUUUUGUGAUUCUAUUUAUGAGAAUAUAUUUCACACUUUUAAACUGAACUGUUUACUGUGUAAAAUUAAGACAAAAAUAUUUUCAUGGAUCUAAGCUAUCCUCGGUUGAAUAUUAAUUUCCUUAUAAUACUGAUUACUUAUAAAUUCCUUACAAAUGCUGAUUUCAUUUAGAUGUACUUUCUAGCCAUUUGCUUUAGUUGAAUUUUUGUUUGUCUUCUGGUGGAGCUGGGGAUUGCACCCAGGCCUGUCGUACCAGGGAAGUGCUUUAUUGCUGAGCUACACUCUAGCCAGCCUGGCCUCUAGUUCUAACUUUAUUUUAAUAAAUUUAUUAUAAUCAAUAA